UCGUACAAGGAUUUUUUCAAUGGUGUCAAAUAUGGACUCCUUAUCGCAAGGCACCGAAAAUCAAUCAGUCGCGAAGCGUAUUAAAUUGGAGCCAAAUAACAAAAAUGCGGGUGUGUUGUGUAACAAUAGUUAUUUUUCUAAUAAUUUUGCAACCCCUACACGACUUGUUGGACAAAUAAAAGAUAAUACUUCCGAUACAAGUUUAUGUACAAACUUAAUGCCAAAACAUGAAACUUCAACAGAUGUGUCGCCUAACACUACAUUGGAGUCUUUACAAGAUGGUUUUGAAGGGGAAUUAGAUGAUGAUAACACAUCAACAAUUAGUAACUUGAGUGAGCUAAGUGGAUUAUCAGAGUUGUCUGGUAAGGAUUGGAAACCGAUGGCGGGGAGUCUUGUGUGGAUUCAAAAACAAAUGCAAAGUGGUGUUAAUCCAAGAAUGUUACUAAAUGAGUUAGGAGCAGAUGCCGAUCAAAUUCCUCAACGUGUUGACGACAUUACACUAUGGAAAAUCAUUAUAAACAUGCUAGCCGAACCACCUCGUCGUCAUAAGCUAAGAAAUGUUAACACAUUGGAUGACGUCUUACGUUUAUUGAAAGCCGCAAAAAAUGUUAUCGUGCUAACAGGCGCCGGUGUGUCAGUAUCCUGUGGAAUUCCCGAUUUUAGAUCGCGUGAUGGCAUUUACUUACGUCUAGCUGUGGAUUUCCCAAAUUUACCAGAUCCUCAGGCAAUGUUUGACAUAAACUAUUUUAAUCAAGAUCCUCGGCCAUUUUAUAAGUUCGCUAAAGACAUAUAUCCCGGAAAUUUUAAACCUAGUCCUUGCCAUCGAUUUAUUAAAUUAUUAGAGAAACACAGUAAACUAUUACGUAAUUAUACCCAAAAUAUUGACACAUUGGAAAAAGUCGCAAAUAUUGAAAAAGUAGUAGAAUGUCAUGGCUCGUUUGCUACAGCGACGUGUACGAAAUGCGGACAUCGCGUGACGGCAGAUGUUAUUCGAGAACCCAUUGUCAACCAAAAAAUUCCACUUUGUGAAAAAUGCCAUAGCGAAGUACCUCCAUUUCUUCAUCCCGACGAGAUCGAAAAGGAGGAAUUACAUACUUUAGCCUCAUCAGGAAUCAUGAAGCCAGAUAUUGUUUUUUUUGGGGAAGGAUUACCAGACGUAUUUCAUGAAGCCAUGGCAGAAGAUAAGGGCAAUUGCGAUUUAUUGUUGGUGAUUGGAAGUUCUCUAAAAGUACGACCUGUUGCAUUAAUACCAAGUUCUCUUCCAUCUGAAGUACCACAAAUAUUAAUUAAUAGGGAACCUUUAUCACAUUGUAAUUUUGAUGUGGAGCUGCUUGGUGAUUGCGAUGUAAUUGUAAAUCACAUUUGCCAACAAUUAGGUGCACCUUGGCAGGAUUGUGUUUACAUUGACGAAAAGCUUAAUGAAACUGUGCAGUUGCUACCGAUUGUCCAGAGUGAUACUGACGAUCGGUUCUUUGUCCACAAGCCUGAAACUUUAAAUUCACUCGGUGGUGACGAUGAGAUAUCCAAUGAAAGAAAGUUACCCAUUGAUGAAGAUAAGUGGGAUAAUUGUGUGGAUUUGGAUAAACGUCUGUCGGGUAAACAAUUUUCUCUUCCGGAAGAUGUAAUGAAAUCGGUGGAAUUAAAAUCUGUAAAAGAAAGGCAUAUGUCAGUAGAUUCCGCUAGAGAUUCUGGCAUAGGAGAAAAUUCCAAUUUUACAGACGAAAAGUUUGAAAUAUCGGAUGAAACUACAGACAACCUCUCCUAUGAAGAAAAUCGAAAAUGUAUUCUUAAUAAUAGACGAAACAUCACGGAUAGAUUACCACCAAACAGUUUUUAUUUAUUACCUCCUAGUAGAUAUGUCUUCCCAGGUGCUGAAAUAUAUGAUGAUACUAAUGAAAAGUACACUUACUUUGAUGCUGAAACGUCAAGCUCAGAUACCUCUGAUAGUGAAUCAGAAAUUGAUAAUUUUUAAUUUUGUUCAAUGCAAUGCGUAAUAGGAAAAAUUGUAAAUAUAAUUCUUGUUUUGUACUGUACACAUUUUUUGUUUCUGUUUUGGGGUACAAAUGAUGUUUCUAUAAGUUUGGUUUUUGUUUGUUUAAUGUUUUACAAUAUUUUAGUUAUGGGAAUUAAAAAAAAAAGUAUAUUGAUGAGCAAUUCCGUCCAAUUUAAAAUCUUAUAAUAUUUUAUAACCACAAUGCAGUGCUGUUUCAAAACAGUUGAACUAUUAUUUUAAAACAGAUAUUAAUUAGCACAGUGCCUUGGUGUCUUUGAUUAUUUUAAUUCCCAUUUAAUUAUAUUGACGCCUGUAACUGUAAGGUGAAUAUUGGCCGAGAAAGGCUAGUUAUGACGUACUCAAAUUUUCGACAAAAUGAGUCAUUUUAAGACUGUCUCAUCGUAUAGGUAACCAUAUAAAUAUAGCUAUUUGUAAACUCUGUCCUGGCAAAUGUGUGGGUCUGUAAAUAUUGUACAAAGCAUUAUAGUAUUUUUUAAUUGUUAAUAAUUUCACUUAUUUAUGAUAGUUUUAGUUUUUUUUUAAAUUUUAUUUAUUUAAUACCAUACACUUUUGUAUCGUUCUGUGCAAAUGUAAAUAUGUGUAUUUCAUAUUAAAAAAAACUUCAUUUAA